GAGGCGGCGACCCGGGGCUUCUCUGUCCACCCCGCGACUCCUCUCGGAGGAGGCCGCGGUGCGUGGCGGGAGGGAUGUGCGGGUACCGGUCCCGGCGGGGCAGGGGCCGCGUCCCGCCCUCGCCCUGUGCCCAGGCUGCCCCUCUCAGGGCUGGGGUGCCCUGCCCAGCCUGGCGCUGGGCGCGGGCGGCAGCCCUUGGCUGAGGAGCCGGCCUCCCCGCCAGGCCGCUCGCAGAGUCCAGCCGUGCCAGCUGUAAUCGGGAGGCGGCUCCCGCCUCGGCCGAGUGCCAUGCCCGUGAGGUCAGGGUGCGGUCUUGAAAAGCCGCCUCACCGGAGGCGCCCAGAGCCGAGAGCGGCAGCCCGGGAGCCUGCGGGCCCGGGUGUCCGCGCCUGGGGGCCGGCGCUGGGCGCCAUGGCAGAGGCUGCAGGGAGCCCCCUGCCCCAGCCCGUCGUGAGGAGGAAAAAAAGCAUAUCUAUCGAGGAAAAAAUCAAUAUCAUUAGUGCUGUGGAGAGUGGCAAGAAAAAGGCAGACAUCGCAGCCAAGUAUGGCAUAAAGAAGAAUUCCUUGUCUGCGAUUAUGAAGAAUAAGGAAAAAGUUUUAGAAGCCUUCGAAUCCUUACGGUUUGAUCCUAAAAGAAAAAGACUGAGGACUGCUUUUUAUACCGACCUGGAGGAGGCGCUGAUGAAGUGGUACAGAAUCGCCCAGUGCUUGAACGUGCCGGUGAACGGCCCCAUGUUGCGCCUCAAGGCCAAUGAUUUUGCCCAGCAGCUCGGGCACAGUGAUUUCAAAUGCAGUAACGGCUGGCUUGAUCGUUUCAAGUCGAGGUAUGGUCUGGUCUUCAGAGCUCAGCCUGUAGAAGCAGCUGCUACUACUGCAGUGGAUGCUCCUAGUCUUUGGUACCAAAACGUUCUUCAUUGUUAUUUAAACGAUUAUCAGCCAAAAAAUGUGUUUUAUAUACAGGAGACUGGAUUGUUGUACCAGAUGUUGCCGCAUAACACGUUUGCAUUUAAAGGGGAAACUUGUUCUGUAGGUAAACUAAGCAGAGAGAGAAUAACUGUAGUGGUGGGUACGAAUAUGGAUGGCUCCGAGAAACUUCGUUUGCUUGUGAUAGGAAAAAACAAAAGUCCACACUGUUUCAAAGGUGUGAAGUCACUCCCUGUGGAUUACGAAGCAAAUGAUCCAGCGUGGAUGACUGUGGAAGUGUUUGAACAGUGGAUGCAUAAACUUGAUGACAGAUUUCAAGCACAGCAGCGACGAGUUGUUAUUCUUGUUGACUCUCUCCCAGCUCACACAGAAGUAGAGAACCUGAAGUCUGUCAAGUUGGUGUUCUCUCCUGCAGAUGCUUCUUCAUGUAUAGCUACAAAACAAGGGGCGGUCAGAAGUCUGAAGGUUAAAUACAGGCACUGCCUUAUCAAGAGAUUUGUUGACUGCGUAGAAGGUAAUAAAGAGUUUAUACUGACUCUUCUUGAUGCAAUUGAGAUGUUGCACCUGUGCUGGAGGAAAGUAGUACCAGGGACUAUUAUCAAAAGUUAUAAUGAAGCAGGAUUCAAACUGGAAACCAAGGAAAAUGGUAAUGACACAGAGGUUGAAAGUGAUUUUGAUUUGAUUGCACAUGCUCAGGCAGCUGGAGUGGAGUUUCCAGAAGGUUUAUCUUUGGAGGAAUACACAGCUCUAGAUGAUGGCUUGGCAACUUGCGAAAUGCCCACAAAUAAUGAAGGGAUGUGUGUCAGAGAAAGCACAUCAGAUAAAGCUGGGACAUUUGUUGGUGAUGAAGAUGAGGAUGAAGGUGAUCGAUUUCAGGGAGCUCAACAGCCUUUACCAUCAAAAAAUGAUGCUUUGAAUGCUUUAGGUACCCUUCGAAAGUUUCUCAGAAGUCAAGACACGAAUGAAUCUCUUUAUGAUUCCCUAGCUGACUUGGAGAAUUUUAUUCAACAUGUAGCAUUGUAAAUAAAUAUUUUAGCAAAAUGUGAAAACAUGUAAUUGAAGGAAAAGGAAUUAUAUAAGUAAACAAAAAUAGGCAGUUUAAUAACGUGUUGCUGCAAUGUUCUCUAGUGUGUCUUGCCUGGAUGCACAUAACAAAAUAAAUUUGAAAAUAUGAAAAAGGGCUGUGAACUGAAGUUUUCCACAAAAUCAGGAGGAAAGAAGAAAAAUUUGAGGUGGAGAGAGGAAAUAACUUGAACCUUUAAAAUUACAAUUGUAAGGACAGUGGAGUCAAAAGCAAUUGUUUGGGCAGUUCGGUGCACUCAGAAUGAACUGGUGCCCACUUGGAAUUCUUUCUUCAGAAGACAUUAGCACUUCUUCACAUUGAUAAUUUCCCCGGUGUCUUUGGUACUGUUGAUAGUGGAACAGUAUUUAUCAGCCUGGUGUUUUUGAUACUUAUACAAAUAAAUGAAUAACACAGAAAAUACAUGCUGAAGUUCUGAAAACUAAGGGGGUUUUAUACUGAAUUUUUUUGUGUCCAUGUUCAGUAAUUCUGGCCAUAGUUUAUUCUUGCAGUUGAUGACGAACAGCAGAAAUUUAGCAGCUUUGGAUGUGUUUUGUUUUCUUAAAACUGCUCAUGUGGAUACACACAAAUGGCAUAACCAUCUAUCUGAGAGUCAAAAGACAAACAAACCUUUACUUGGUCUUUGAAGAAGUCAAAAAGGAAGGUUGUUCUUUCCCUUUCAGCCUUUUUGGUAUUUGGAUUUGAUGUAGGUCCUUCUGUGCAACUCCGUGUAUUUCUACAAUAAAUACAGGGGGGAAAUCAGCUUAAGCAGUAUCUGUACUCAAAACCUCACUGAGCUCUUGUUUUCUGUACUAUGCUUGAAGGCUUUGUUGUAGGAGUCAAUGCACCAAUGCAGUUCACCAUUAUAGGUGCCAUUAACAGGGGUGCUGAUGGCAUGAAUGCAGUGGGAAGCUGAGUAAAUCACAGCACAUUUAUACAUCUCCAAUUAUGGGGUUCAAACAAUGUAGCCAGAGACAAAAAUGUCAAUUUGUUUGAGACAUACUGUUUGUGGCUUUUUCAAAACCUGUUUUAAGUAUU